UAUGCCUACCUGUAUUUUUAAUUUUCGCUCUGUUUGUUUUUCAUUCCACGACGUCAUUGUUUACGGACGUGUUUAUCAAGUAAAAGCUCUUACAACAGUAGUGAAUAGCUAAUGAUAUAUUUGUGGUAAAAUGUUUGUUUGAAAGCAUGAAUCGAUGUGCGAUGUCUCUAUUUAAUUUUGACUACCCUCAAAUUCAUUCAAAUUUAUAAACAAGGUGUAAAAAAGCUGAAACGUUUUUGUAUACUUUCCGUGGUGUUGAAGAUACAACAAAUAUUUAGACAGCGGUAAAUUGCCAUGAUGGCAGGAGCGGAAAAGUGAUUCUGAAUUGUGGAAACAAUUGGCCUCCGUUAUGUCCGAAUUGGGAAAUUCACAGGCACCGUUUGACUGUGCUGAAGGUACGUAUCAAACGGUGGAAAACCCAUCUUGGCACAACCUGCUCAUUUCUGAUGGCGUGGAUAGACUGCAACGAGAGGAGUUAGAAAGCGCACCAGAAAGUUUGCUCUCCGAAACAACUUUUAUACCAGAACAGGUUGACGUCACGAAUAUUUUUCAUCUUGAUAGUAUUGUCAAUUGUGAUUCAGGAAACUUUUCUUUUUCGGAAAGUUCUAAAGGUAAAUUAAAUGUAAGUCCAAAUGGACAUGAUCUCCAUCGAAGGUUUGUGCAGUUGAAUACGGAGUUAUAUCAUACAAAGACGGAGUUGUUGACAUAUAAGUACAAAUGGAACGAAAUUCGGAACGAGGUGGAGGUACGGUGGAACAAAAAAUUGCAGAGGAUUGUGGACGAAAAAAUCGGUUUGCAGCAAGAGCUUGAUGAUUUAAAAAAACAGCUAGGACAGUUUCAUUGUUUCAGUGAAAGCAGCCGUUAUUUAGAAACGGCCAAGCUGCAAUCAGACCUGGAACAAUUAAGAGUAAAGUUGGAUUGUAAAGAUCGAGCCAACACUAUUUUGAAAGAAAAGAUAACAGAACAAUACUGUGGCAAAGAGAAGCUGUCCUUAGAGUUGAAAAAAUUAGAAAAGGUAUUGCUAGAAAUUAAGAACGAUCUUCUCUCCACAAAAACGUCAGAAGAUUGGUUCCGGAAUGAGUUACAUGCGUGCCAAAACUCAAAUGCUAAACUUAAGGAAUAUAAUUUGCAGUUGGAGAACAAACUCAGUCAAGAAAAGGCUCACUCCCAACAAUUGAACGUGAAAAUUCAACAUGUAAUACGAAAUGCAGAAAAAAUUGAAAGACAAGUGUAUAAUGAGAAAAAGAAUCUGCUCGUCAAAUUAAGCUCUAUCAAAGCAUUCGACAAACUAGAUCAAGUUCCAGAUUUAGUAUUGACAGAACACAUCUCACAAUUAAAUGAUGCUUCGAAAAAAAUUAGUUUUCUUACCGAAAUCAAUAACAAACACGAGUACGAAAAAGAGCAGUUCCUUUUCAGCAUUCAAGUACUCAACAACACUCUUUCAAACCAAGAUAACCUGACCCAAGCGUACAAGGCAAAGGAAGCGAAAGCUAUAUGCAAAAUUGCGAUUUUGGAAGACGAAAGAAUGCAACUAAAGGGUGAGAAAAAUCAGUUGCAGCAAGAAAACAAUCAGCUUCGAGGUGCAAUUGCGCGUCACGGUUUUACAAACCGAGAGCUAGAUGUCAGCAUCAGUCACCUGAGAGCUCAGUUGAAAGUUUUGUCGAUAAACUUUGAAAAAACGCGUCAGACGCUGGGUGUAAAGGAAUUCGCAUUAGAAAAGUUAGAACAAGAAUAUAAUGCACUUCAAGAUCGUUAUCAGCAGUUGAAAAAAUGCGGUAUGAAAUUGAAUGAACAGCUCAGGAUGAAUGAGUCGUUAGCAACUGAACGGUACGAAAAGCUUUUCGAAAAUUUCCGAAAGAUCCAAUCCAAAAACCUUGACCUGGAAUUAAAACUAGGACAGUGCUCUGAGGUUAAUGAUAGAUUUCGCAGGAGUGAGGAAGUGGUUAAACAACUAAGAAUAGAUAUUAAUGAAUUACAGGGAACGUUUGAUCGCGAUGUGUCUGUUUGUGGAAGAAUGACGCCAAAACAAACUCGAGACAAAUUAUUGAACAAUGAACUGAAAAAACAAAUCUUGUGUGGAAAACACGGUACCCGACAUCCAGACGAUGACAGUAGGGAGCUUCAAAUACUUUUGAAAGUUGUUGAAAGUGAACAUCGGCAAAAGUUGAAACGGUAUGAACUGAAUAACCGAACGCUGCUUAGAAAGGUCAAAGAGCACAGUCAGGCUAGGAAACAGAUAGAGAGGAAACUUGAAACGUUGCAACAGGAUAUUACCAAGGUCACAUCCUUGCAGUGCGAUGUUGCUCGACUGAGAGAGAAAACUAUUUUGUUGGAAGCGGAUUUAGCAUCCUUCACUGAAGAGUGUACCACUCUAAAAAAUGAAAAAUCUCGACUAUUAGCUUUACUAGAGAGUAACUGUGUGUUGGUUAAAGAUGAAGAUAUUUGGAGUACAUUCCUACGAAUUUUUACUGAUUUGCGUGAUAAGCAGAAACUACAAAAUGAAAACGAUUGUCUCAAAGAGCAACUCCAGGUUCAUGAGACUAAAAUUCUUCAAUUGGAGCAAGAACUCAAAGUAAUGUUGUCUUCCUCUGAGGAAAAAAGAACGAUGAUUGAAGAUUUGAACAUUACAUCCGCGUUGCAACGCGUUGAAAUUGAUGAGAUUCAUUCGGAACUGACAGUUAAUUUCAUCCAGCUAGACGAUUCCCAACGAAUGAUUCACGAAUUAAGUGGGGAUCGGAGCUCAUUACAAACUUCAGCUGGCGAACAACAGAUGAAUCAAUCGAAAUUACGGAAUAAAAUUGAUUCUUUACGUCAACAGUUAAAUGCCCGCGAUGUUCAGAUAAAAACGGCCUUGGACAAAAUAAAAAUGUAUCAAAAUUCAGAACAAAUUUUGACGCAGUCUAGAUAUAAAAUUUUUGAAGAUUUACAAUUUCUAAGAGAAGAGAUAGUCGCCGAGAAAAUAGAGAAGCAAGAACUGCAAGAAGUCGUUAAAGCCUUAAAGGAGAAGGUCUUUCAAUUGGUGGAAUACACAACGAAGAACUGCCAAAACAGUAGCCUACCGGGCAGCACUAACAAUUCUAUUCCGAGCAUAGUCUCCACCAAUAGUAACCGUUCAAUAAAUUGUGGUGCUUCGCUGGUUGAACCUGUAUCAUUAUUCAUCGGUUUCAAUGAGCAGACCUUACAGGCCCUUCUAGACGAAUGUUCCCGGAGGGAUCAAACAUUUCAGCCAUUGCAAGAAAGCAUUACUUCACUACGAUCCGAGAUGAACCAUCUGAACACCAUCGUGCGACAGAACGGCCACCGGCGCUAUCGAGAUGUUUCGCUUCUGGAAGAGUUACAAGAUGCAACUAACGGAAACUACAACCACAGUAGAUGAGUCGGGAGAGUUAGCAUAAGUCUUGUUAUGCCAAUUUGUUCAAUUGCAUAUUUUCAACUAGAGUGAAGGUUAUGAUCAAUUGAGAUUAGAAUUGCAAAGCGAGAAAAAUAAGGCACAAUUUGCCGUUCCAAAAUUUAGCCUAUUGAUCUGAAACAUUAGUAUGAGUGAAAUCUUCCACCUUUAGUCUAAUUUUUGCGCUCUAAGAAUAAAAUGAAGAACGAUAUUGUCGUUUCGAAUUUUCUCAUUGUGAUUGUAAUCCACUAUUAUAUGAGUUGUACCUUAACAAGUAAGAUGAAUAUCGGACCAUUCGCCCGGUUUGUUUUCAACUUAUGUUAGCAGAAAUAAGAAGAAGCACUCAUUUAAUAAGGUUCAUGCACAUAGUUGGACCAACACGCGAAAUGUUACACAUUGCUCAAAUAGUUUGGGAAGCCCUUUAUAUAUAAAUUUGCACAGAUUUAGAACAUUAUUUGUUUAAUUCAAACUUAUAGACAACCGCACAACAAUGCCAAUCAUAAUAGAAAGAUUUGCAGCAUGUUAUACUAAUUUGUUGCUCUUUAAAAACAGCUAUGUUCCUUUUUCUUCAAUUUCAAACUCAUGCCAAUCCAUGCUUACUUAAUAAAUGUAUUAUUUCUGUAAAUUAUUUAUUCUACUAAAUAUCAUUAUUUAUAUCAAAUUUACUGUGAUCAUUUGAGUUGUGCUACAGCAGUUAUGAAAAUACUGCUAUACUUAGAAGCCGACGAAACCAAGCUUUAAUAGACAAGAUGAAAUCAGUAUCGAAUGUACUAUAAAUCUCUCCGUAAGAGUCUGAUUUUGUAAUGCAGGUAACAUGAGAAACUACCUGUAAUAGUCUCUAUCGUCUGAUUGAAAGAAUAUGAGAAAUAUUUGUCAUGAAAUAAGUGUUGUUGAUUUAUUUUAUUACCGGUUAUUUACCAAUCCAUAUUUAUUUAUUACAUUUAGACAACGACAAAGCUAAAACAUUCGUGUGUUCAUUUACAAAUUCAUGUACACAAUAUUUGCGUUUCUGAAAAUACUGAAAAUGAUAACAUAACAUACAA